UUAUUCUGAUUUUAGCAACAUAAACACAAGUACUCCAUAUUUAUGAUUGUGUUUCGAAGUUAAAAUUGAUAUUGACUGACAGAGUCAAUCUUUGCGAGAUGGCCGAGACUCCUUUAAGUUUGGGCGAGAAGACAUUUAUUACUCAUGGAGUUGACCUUGACCUCAGAAAUGACGGUCGGUCCAGGUAUCAAUAUCGUCCUCUCGAGAUCGAGACCAGGCUAAUGAAGCACGCACAUGGAUCAGCGAGAUUACGUAUCGGCAACAUCACAGAUGUUUUGGUUGGGGUGAAACUAGAGAUUGACACACCGUACGCCGAAAGACCGGGCGAGGGCAAAUUGGACUUUUUCGUAGAUUGUUCUGCUAACGCCUCACCGGCGUUUGAAGGUAAAGGUGGGGACGAUUUGGCGACCGAGAUCAGCAAUGUUCUCUCUAUGGCUUACCAGACGCCGGAUGCCUUUGAUUUGAAACAACUAUGUAUAAUACCUCAUAAGAAAUGUUGGAAAAUGUAUGUGGACAUUUUGAUCCUUCAAUGUGGUGGAAAUUUGUUCGACACGGUGGGCGCUGCGGUGAAGGCGGCGUUGUAUAACACUGAAAUCCCAAGAGUGAUCACGGCAAUGCUCGACGGUGGCGAGCCAGAUAUUCAGGUAUCAGACGAUCCUUAUGAUUGUAUCAAGCUGGAUGUCACAAAUUAUCCAUUGGUAGUAACAGUAUGCAAGAUUGGAGAUAACUUCGUGAUAGAUCCAACGUCGGAAGAAGAAUCCUGUAGCACUGCUAGUAUCCUUAUGUCCGUGAUGCCAAAUGGCAAGGUGACGUCUGUAGUCAAGCUAGGAUACGGCAGCCUGCUACCUAGCACCUUGAUUAAAAUGAUUAAGUUUUUCGAGUUUACAGGUCGGAAAAGAUAUCAGUCUCAAGCUAAACGAAGCUGUUAUGAUCGGACUAAAAGAGGAGACCAAGCUUGGCCCAAUGAAGCCUAUAUUCGGCUUUCUUAGAUAACACGUGCGCAAUACGUGUUGUUGAACUUUAGAAGAUACAGAUAUAUUUUUCAUAUUCUUAAUUGUAGACUUAAUAGGCUAUGCAGUAAUUUUUACUAUUUAGUUAUAGUUAUUGACGUUUACAACGCAACGUUUCUUAAACUCGCGAAUACUUGCAAAAUUUUAUAAAGCUGUAAUAGCAUAUUUUUAUUUUAUUUUUUUUUAUUUAUUGAAGUCUAAUAUCGAAUUUAAUUUUGUGUGUGUGUGUGUGUGUGUGUGUGUGUGUGUGUGUGUG